UGCGGACUGCGCAGGUGCGCGCCAUCAGCGCGGCCUCCUCACCCGAAGCGCACUUCGCUGCGUGAGGUUGGGACGGCGACCGCAGGCUAGGCUGCAGGUAGAAACCGGGUCCGCGCGAGCGGACGGAGGUCUCCAGAGACCUCGCGAGAGGGGCGCGGGCGAGGCCCCGUGGGUUGGCCGUUGUGUGCGCGGUGGUGCGGGCCUGGCCUAUGCUGGACGGAGCCCGCGGGUGCGGGGCUCCGGGGGCCGAGGCCGCGCGCAGCGAAGGCGAGCCGCACCCCACGCUGUGAGUCCUAAAGGCGAGCCGCUGCUCCCUAGGCCACGCCCCAGCCUGGGAAGAUGGAGGGGGACCAGCGGACCAGUCCGCCUACCCAGAGCCUGCUUCCCGAUGGCUACUUGGUCCUAUGGACGCUGUGCUCCGUGCUGCUGCCGGUGUUCAUCACCUUCUGGUGUAGCCUUCAGCGGUCACGCCGGCAACUGCUCCGCAGGGACAUCUUCCGCAAGAGCAAGCACGGCUGGCGUGACACCGACCUGUUCAGCCACCCCACCUACUGCUGCGUGUGCGCGCAGCACAUCCUUCAGGGAGCCUUCUGCGACUGCUGCGGGCUCCGCGUGGACGAGGGCUGCCUCAAGAAAGCUGACAAGCGCUUCCCAUGCAAGGAGAUCAUGCUCAAGAACGACGGCCGGGACGCAGAUGCCUUGCCUCACCACUGGAUCCGCGGUAAUGUGCCCCUGUGCUCUUACUGUGUGGUCUGCAAGCAGCAGUGCGGCAGCCAGCCUAAGCUCUGCGAUUACAGGUGCAUUUGGUGCCAGAAAACAGUCCAUGAUGAGUGCAUGAAAAGUAGCUUAAAGAAUGAGAAGUGUGAUUUUGGAGAAUUCAAAAAUCUCAUCAUCCCACCAGGUUAUUUAACUUCCAUUAACCAGAUGCGUAAAAACAAAAAGACUGAUUAUGAAGCGCUAGCUUCUAAGUUUGGAAAGCAGUGGACUCCAUUAAUAAUCCUGGCCAACUCUCGUAGUGGAAAUAACAUGGGAGAAGAACUGUUGGGAGAGUUUAGGAUCCUGUUAAAUCCAGUCCAGGUGUUUGAUAUAACGAAAACACCCCCGAUCAAAGCCCUGCAGCUGUGCACUCUUCUUCCUUAUCACUCAGUCCGAGUCCUUGUUUGUGGAGGGGAUGGGACUGUGGGCUGGGUCCUCGAUGCAGUUGAUGAAAUGAAGAUUAAGGGACAAGAAAAGUACAUUCCACAGGUUGCGGUCUUACCUCUGGGAACAGGCAAUGAUCUGUCCAAUACCCUGGGUUGGGGUACAGGCUAUGCUGGAGAAAUCCCGGUUGCACAGGUGUUAAGAAAUGUAAUGGAAGCAGAUGGAAUCAAACUAGACCGAUGGAAAGUGCAGGUAACAAAUAAAGGAUACUACAAUUUAAGGAAACCCAAGGAGUUCACAAUGAACAACUACUUCUCUAUUGGACCUGAUGCCCUCAUGGCUCUCAAUUUUCACGCUCAUCGUGAGAAGGCACCGUCUCUGUUUUCCAGCAGAAUUCUUAACAAGGCUGUUUAUUUAUUCUAUGGAACUAAAGAUUGUUUAGUGCAAGAGUGUAAAGAUUUGAAUAAAAAAAUUGAGCUAGAACUGGAUGGUGAGCGAGUUGAACUGCCUAAUUUGGAAGGUAUUAUUGUACUGAACAUUGGAUACUGGGGCGGAGGCUGCAGGCUGUGGGAAGGAAUGGGAGACGAGACUUACCCUCUGGCCAGGCAUGAUGAUGGUUUACUGGAAGUUGUUGGAGUGUAUGGGUCUUUCCACUGUGCUCAAAUCCAAGUGAAACUGGCAAAUCCUUUUCGAAUAGGACAAGCACAUACAGUGCGGCUGAUUUUGAAGUGCUCGAUGAUGCCAAUGCAGGUGGAUGGGGAGCCUUGGGCCCAGGGACCCUGUACUGUCACCAUAACACACAAGACACAUGCUUUGAUGCUCUACUUCUCCGGAGAGCAGACAGAUGAUGACCUCUCCAGUGCUUCGGAUCAAGAGGACCAAAAGGAUGCUGAAUAGAGGGAUGAGCUGCAACAGCAUCUGCCCACGCCAGUAGAUACAUGGUAGCCCACAGGAAGUACUGUUAGCACGCCAGUCUUCAUUUCAUUCCUUGUAUAAUGGUGUGAGCUUAUGCAAACAGCGUUUCCACAGCUAGACUUCAGUCUCACAAACACAAACUCUUAUCAGCAAGAUCCUCUGAUCUUGGGGGGAAAAAAAACCGCACAAAGUUGCAUGAAGAUGAAAUGUUUCUCCUGACUGAAUGUUUCAAGACUGGGGCUCACUCUGCAGUAUGAACUGUCUUAAGUGACAUAUUUGACAGACAGGGUGUGGAUGAAAAAAAAAUCAUUUCUCAGAUUUUGAUACAGAGACAACAUACCAUGUUAAAAAUUAACUUGCUUUUUGAACUGCUGUGGUUAACACUGGGCUUACUCCUGCAGUGUGCUUCCUGAGAUUUCCCACACCUCAAACCCAAUGGACCCUACAUUCUGAUUUCUAGGAGCCCCUGAGGAGAGAAGGGGAAGAGAGAUGGUACUUAAAAUUUUUACAGUAGUAUAUUUUCUGCCAUCAUUUUUAGGUCUCUGGGUAUUUAAUGGCCAUAUUGAACUGAAAUGCAAAAAUCUUUUUAUUUUAAUUGUUUUUAUUUUGGGCAGUACUAGGGAUUGAACCUAGGUCCUCUGGAAGGAAGUCUAGAUCACUAUACACACACACACAUAUAUAUUUUAGGAGAAUGGGUCUAAAGUAAGAUUAAGAGUACUCUGGGUUGGAAGCUCUAUAAUUCGCCAGCUUCUCUAGUGAUUAAAAGAUAGUGUUGACAGUGGGGAAAAAUAGACAUAAGGGAAGCUUCCGAGUUAGAUUAAUUACUUUAAAAAAAAAAAAAAAAGGUCUAGGCUGACUGCCUUUGUGUCAAGUGAGUAGUCCUGUGUUGUGAAACCCUGCAGGGUUUUGACAGAGAGGACUCUUUGCUGAGAUGUUUAUGUCCUAUUUAUUUCAAAGUGGGAAAGAUAUCUAUUUUAACUUAUUAUUAACCUUGUGGCAUGAUCCUUGUGUUUAGUGUUUACACUGUAGUACAGUUUUAUCUGAUAAAGUGGUCUCAUAAGUCUGUGGUCAUAGUCACAUAGACGUCUCCCCCUUGGUUUCCAUGGCAUAUACACUCACUGUGCUCUUUCCUCAGACUCCGAAAGGGAGGGCACAUGAUGAACUUGGGGUCACAAAGCUUUGUUUCGCUACACCUCAACCCUCUGUUGCCAAGUACUUAUUGAAAGGCGGUUCCACGGCUCCCCAUUAGAGGGUGCCCUGUUGCUGUUGUCAGUGACCUGCCUCUGCAGUUAGCCACACCCAGUGGGCAUCUAGCCCCAUGUGUUUCUGACAAAUGGCAUAUUUGCACUUGGUGGUCUUGCAUGGAUUAACUUCUAAAAGACUAGAAUCUAGUCCUAAAACCACCAUUUAUCUCCCUUUUAAAUGUUUUAUUAUGGAUCUAUAGUCAGUGAAUUGCCAUAAACUUAAGUCUGAGUCACCUCAGGCUAGACCAUGUUUUUAAAAGGACAACUUAGCAAAGUAAUUUUUCACUGCUAGAUUAACCUCUUCUACCUGUUCCCAGGUGAUGCCAAAUUGUACCAUUGACAGAUGUCCCACAGGUCUGUCCAGCCUACUCAUAGGUCUUCACACUGGAUAACUGCAGCCGAGGCUGCGAGAGUUUGCAGCUUUCCCUCGGGAAUGGAUCCUGUUUUGGGUGUAAUGAAAUUCAUCCUUGGAUUUAUGGUCAGGGUUGUUAAGAUGUCACCCUCUAAGGGACAUUCUUAAAUUUACCUGUAGUUCAUAGUGCUCAUUUGUAGUGGAAACAAAUCAUUAAUUGGGGCUAUGAGUUGGAAUAAUUAGGGUAACUCUAGAGAUACUCUAGUUAGAGCAGGCUGCGUCCCCUUCCCCCAACACACCAUGUUGUUUUUCUGAUGCCUUACUCAGAUUUUUAUUCUGUAGCUUUCACAAUACCGCAUCACAAAACACCCUGCAUUCCAGAUAGAUGUAUAGGCUUGUGCCUUGUUUGAAUACAAUAUGUAAGACUUGGUGUUUGCAAGUUAUAUAUUAGGGAGUAGUAGCUGACAUUACCAGGGAUCUGCACUUAUACCCUGGCUCACCAUGAGAUCGUCUGUUCCGUUUAAAGUUGUCUGAACAGCAACAUAAAUUACAUGUUCUCAGGAAAAACUAUGAACCAUCUGUUUUUGCAUCUCUUGUCUUCUUUUGCCCUGAUGCAUUCCUAAUGCCUCGUGAACUUAGCGGCUUAAACACCAAAUGCCCGGCAGUUCCUCUAGGCCCUUAGGCAGACAGUUUGCAGUGCUUUGUUAUAUUUAGUAGAGUCAGAGGCACUUCUGUCUAGAAUAGAUGUUGUCCAGUAGUAAGGUCGCUGGAUUUAAAUGUUUUAGAUUUUCUGUAACUCUUAGCUGUGAACUGUAAUGUAAGCUGAUAUUUAUAAAAAUUUUAUAGUGAAACUAUUUAUUUUAUUUUUUUAGAGUAUGAAAAUCUGUAGUAGUUGCCUUUUGAACAUUUGUGUACCUGGUUGUAACAUAGACUGAUUCAGAAAAGUUCUUAUUUGUGCUGUAAGCUGAGUACUUCUACCAGCAGCAUGUCAGAAAGAAGAAUUCUCAUCUGUAAUAUAAAGUCAAAUAUUUCUAAUGUACACGUGGGAUUUUUAAUUUGCACUAGCUAGAAAACUUGAAAGGCUGUGUUAAUUUGCACAUCAAUGUGGACCCAAAUACAUAAUCUGACCAGAAAGGUCAAUAGAAUAGA